AUACAAUGAGAGACAAUGUUGUAGAACUUUAGCAAGAGUACUUCUUGCUGCUUCUCCAAUAACUGAAUACAAACAGUUCAUGGAAUCAUGGCGUAUUGGUACACCAGAAAAAAUGGAACCAAAAGGAGAAUAUUUAAGCGGAAUUGCUUAUAUCACAUGGAAUAACUUAACAAUGACAAAAGAAGUAGUAUCCUUUACAGAAGCUGAUUUGUCAAAUGAUAUAAAUGAAAGAUUUAAUCAACUUUUCAAAGCAAAAAAUAAGUGGACAGUACAGGAAAUAACACCCUAUUUAAUAAAUUUGACAACACAUAGAAUGAAUGUCAAUGCACUUCUAACUAAAUAUGCUAGGUGUUCAGUUAUUAAUGGCAUUAAGUAUUAUAAUUCUAAACAUGGUAAAUAGUAAAUUGAAAUUACCCAUAAUGCUGAAAUCAUUCUUACUGUUUAUUAUGAUGCUUGUGGCCAUAAUACAUAGUUAUUUUUACACAAUUUUAUAAAUAUUUUUUAAAUAGUACAUAUUGUAUUUAUUUCUAGUUUUUAUUACCUAACUGAUAACACUAACAGCAUCAAUAAUGGUAGAACAUUUUUGUUACUGCACUUAUUUCUUAUUCAUCUUUU